AUGUUUUUGCUGAUAUUUGGUUUGACUUGGGCUUAAGUAAAUUUACUAUUAUUCAAGAAACAACAUUCAAUUUAUUUAAUAGAUAAAAUAACCCAGCAUGCGUUUUCUUUCGAAUAUUUUAGUUUACACUUUCUUAGAACAAGAUCUUCUUUAUAUUUUGUUCCUAAGUAUUGCUUCAUCAUCAGAUUUUUUCUUUACUAUUAUGUGAGCUCUACUUUAUUUGGACACUAUCAGCUGGCUCAAUACAUUAGUUUAUUUGGCUAAUUGGGAGUGUUUUGUUAUUUUAUUAAUAAAUUUGAGAUACCUGCUUUAAAUUGGUCUGAGAGAUCUCCAUAUACACCCACAAUUAACAGACCAAGAGCCUAUUAUGUACCUUUAUUUCCAAUGAGCUGGGUUAAUGACACUCCUUAACUAUGGUCAAUGUUUUAUCCACUUUAUGGAAGAAGAUAUUUUACAGUGUAGAAUCUGGCUUUGGUGGAUUAAGAUUUCCCGUUAUUAAAUCAUAUUCUACAAUAAGAGAUUUAAUAAGGUUUAGAAAUUCCAUAAGAUUAAGAAGUCUAAAUUGAAAUAAAUUAAUAAAUUCAGAUACCUUAAAAUAAUAAUAUUUAAAAGAUUGACUAAUAGCAAUAAUAAUAAGAAGAAUAAUAAGAAUAAUAAUAGCAAUAAUAAUAACAAUAACAAUAAUUUUGA